AUGGACAACGAGGUAAAGGAUGACAUAUUAAGAGAUGUGGACGAGUUUCUCGACCAAGAUAUGCAAGACUGGUACGCAGAACGGGGCAUUCCCUACAAACGAGGCUACCUUCUUUUUGGACCCCCUGGAACCGGAAAAUCCAGCUUCAGUCUAUCACUCGCAGGGAAACACGAACUGGAUAUUUAUACGCUUCAACUGUCGAAUAUUUCAGACACCACGUUAAUGAGGCUUUUUGCUGAGCUUCCGCCGCGUUGUAUUGUUCUCUUGGAGGACGUGGAUACCAGUGGGGUAGGGCGCCGGGACAGCGUCGACAUAGACCAAGAAAACGAGUCAAAGUCAACAGUCACCCUAUCCGGACUUUUGAAUGUGCUUGAUGGUGUCUCAUCUCAAGAGGGCCGGAUACUCAUCAUGACCACGAAUCAUAUCGAACAUCUAGACGAAGCACUGAUUCGGCCAGGCCGUUCAGACAAGAAAGUUCAUUUCAAACUUGCCGAUCAGAACAUUUCGACUCAGCUCUUCCACACGGUUUUCAAGCAGUUGCCGAACCAAAAGCAAUACAACUCGGAAUAUGACGACGAGACGAUCGAGAGGCUUGCUCGUGACUUUGCGAGCAAAUUGCCAGAGCAAGUAUUUAGCCCGGCAGAAGUUCUAUCAUUUCUUUUGGAGCGCAAGAAGUCGCCCUAUGAUGCUGUUUCUGGUGUGGAGAGCUGGGUGGCAAAAGCAAAGUAUUGA